UACUACUUUUACAGAAACUGCUUUCCCCAGGAUUCCCAAACGCUUCAAGCACUGGUUGCAUUAGCCUAUCAGACUGCAAGGGACAGGAAGCUUUACCCCAAGGCCAUUCUGAUUCGAUCCGUAGUCCAUGCUACCACAAGCAUCAAUGGACGACGCCAAAAAGAUCCCCUGGGAUGGCAUGUCACCCUCUGCUAUAAAGACGAGACUCAGGUGGCCACGGGCACUCACGUUGCCUGUCAUGGCUACGUGAAAGGGAAAACCAACCUGGAAUUUGUGAGCUCUACGCACGCUGGAGAGAAGCCGGACACCUGGGAGAAAAGCAGUGGAAGUAUUGUUUGGCCGUCUGUGGAGGAGCUCGAAGAAGCCCCGGAGAUCGGAUACGGACACUUUCCUGAAGACGACGAUAAAUGCUAGCGCGGG